AUGGCGUCCCCGAUGGUCGACGGGCGGGUCGAACCGCACCGCAAGGCGACGUACACGCUGGACAUCAGCGACCAGAUCCGGCGGGAGGACAGGUCAGGGGGUGGAUUCAGCGGCGUCAAAUACAACCACAAGCCGACGCUCUCGAGCGGCACCCGCACCACGAAGCUGAAACUCGCCGACAACAACACAUACAACCUGUCCCUCGGCGACACGACCGAAAGCGGCGGCAAGGACGUGUUCGUCUUCAACGGCUCCCGCACGGCGCCGGCCAAGUCGUACGUCGUCCUCUUCGACCAGACCACGCAAAAGGCCACCCUCGAGCGCCUCACAGACACAUACACACUGAAUCUCGCCUCCAAGAACGGCGCCGACGUGUCAUCGAGCCACAGCAAGAUCUACCCGAAGAGGUUGCACAAAGACAGCGUGCACGACCGAGAGGAAGGGGAAGUGGACCUCUUCGGCCCCGAGGCGGGAGAUGAAGCCAACGCAGGCACAGAGCCCGACGCCCGCAACCCCUACGACUUCCGGCAUUUUCUCGCCGCGGCGCGGACAAAGGACGCCGCCGAAGAGCCCGGCUACGCGAGCAGUCCCGACCACCGCGCG